GGCGCAUGCGCAGAUGGUUGACGUAAUAUUUCAGGAAGUAGACACACCGGUUCACACGUGUGAAGAAGGCAAAACAUCGAACCGGGUUUUACUUAUUUUUUGACGGGUGUUUUUUAACUUGUAAGGGAGAUGUCUAAUUUUUUGAUAAACACCCUAUUGUCCCACUAUCCCGAUCCCGAGGAUUUGAUCAAUAAUUUGUGCUGGCCAAGCUCAUCACGCCCCGAAAUAGAGGAGAUUGAAGCUUUAACUAUUUUGAUCAAGGAGCUUUCCAAUAAAUCACAAGAGGAGCGCUUUAUUUGUAAGGUGCAGUCAGUUAUAUGGGAUCAAUGCAUGUCGCUACUGAAAAUGAUCUCCAGUGCAGAUGAUGGAGGUAAGGAUCUUCUCAGCUCUGUCUGUGGACUCUUUGCAGUCUGUGUCAGUACCUGUCAGACUGACGAUGUAUCUGAGCAGGUAAGUCAUGGUCUUCUGCAAGUGCUGAUGACGAGAGAUGAUGCCAACAACGAAACCGGCAGGUUAGACGUAGAUGUUGCCAUAGAAGUCACAGCAGUGCUGUUAUCUAGCAUCUCAUAUGAUAGAGACAUCAUCUUCAGGACUCUAUCCUGCACCCUUUGCUGUGUCAAAGAUCUCUCUGACUCCAUAGUUUCAAAAAUCAUAGUACGGAUCUGGUUCACCAUACUCAAGUCCUGCCAUAAAGAGGCUGAAUCAGAGGUCCUACAUCAGAUAUGGGAGGAUUUACUGUCCUGGCAUCAGAGAGACCAGACCGAAUCAGUGUCAGCUCGGGUUCUGUUGUGUCUCACUGCUCUCUCUGACCACCUCUACUCUUGGGAAACCUCUCAGAACCGGCCAGACCCUAGAAGAUCUCAAAGGUUUUUUAGGGCAAUUCAGGCCGGGUUGACUCACAAGGACAGUGUGACCCGCAAACGGGCGCUUUACCUGCUCACCAGGUGUGUGGCACUGGCAGAGAUCAAGAAAGAAGAUGUGUUUACCAGCGUGGAACCCCACACAGAUGAAAUCCUGUUCAGAUGGAUGCCAGAACAACAGCAUUUACUGAGAGAAUUCUGGGAAGAUUUUGCUCUAGUGUUAGAGACUCUAGAGGAGAACCAGAUUCACGUGAUUCGACCUGUUCUCAAAAGGAUUGACGUGCUUGUUGAGACGACGGCAACAGAUAUUCAAGGUGGGCUGUUUUCUCCGUCCUGGCUGCUGUGUGUGUAUCAGCGCAUGUUUCACAGUGAGAACAAGGCGGUUAUGAAAGAAGGAGUCAAUCACCUGUUAGAGCUGAAAGCACUGCAUCAUUCUGCAUUUGCUUUGGCAUUCUCACAGUUUGUAAUCGGCCCUCUCAUGGAUGUUCUUGCAGAGAGCGCUCUCUAUCACAGGGCACCACAGCAGAACAUCAAAGAUUGUCCAGAGCUGGGAGUGAAGCUCCAAAUCUUUAUGGUGAAUUUCUUCAGCAGUUUGCCAGAAGAGAACAGAGGUUCAGUGUUGCUGCAGAUCAUUCAGCGGUUGGGUUCACGGCAAUGGUGCGCAGUCCCGCUGCUCUUUCUGUCCCAGGCCCUGUCCUGUCUGCCCCCCUGUCCUUUACUGGGAUCUGAUGGACUCAACGCAUUCAGAGAAGUUAUGCGCUGUACUAUGAUCACUCACCAGGUUCUUUUGAGAGGAGCUUCACAGUGUUUUCUGCUCCAUGCCGCUCUAUGCCUGACAGAUGUGUCCGCUGUGUCUCUAGAUGAGAUAUUUGGUUUCCUUGCACAUUUUCGAGCUGAUGAGUCUCUAUGUCGGGGUACAGCACUUUGGAAGGAGCUGUGUAAUUGGCUCCAGACUAAUGAAGGCCGUUUUCUUCUGACUGACGGGGAUUUAGGCUCUUCUGAACUUCGCAGUAAAGUUGCUUCUAUAUUCAGCUACGUCCAGCAGCGACUGAACACCUUUCUCGCAGUUCCAGCCAACUCAGAUCAAAAAGGAAGUCUACCUGAUCCAGCUGAGGCCGAGCUGGUGGCGCGGGCCGUUCUGCUUACAGCAGACCUGCAGAAGACCAGGGAUGAGGAACCUGGUCUAGAACUGCUUCUCCAGCCUCUACUGGAUGUCUUACGGAGACUUAGCACUAAUGUCUAUCUGGUGCUUCACAAGACGGACAAGAGCCUGCAGUUAAUGUUGCGCUUGCUGCAGCUGCAUCGCAGACGCUCCGAUACAGAGCAGGAGAACGAAGAUGUUGUGGCUGUCGCUUUGAAGACGCACAUGCUGUCGGUGGUGGAUUCAGUGCAGGAGUUUCUGCUGAGGAGGUUGAGUGGGGAACUGAAGGAGUUAUGUGAUGUGGAGAGGUCUGAACUUUAUCUCUCAGUAUUAAGGGAGCUGGUUCUCACUUAUUCCACUGUUUCGUGGUAUGGCUUAAAUCUGCAGCAGAACUACAUCCCAAAACUCACCACUCACUGCUUGAGGAUCCUCAAUGAACCUUCUGAACAGAAUCCCUCUGUGCCAGGGCAGGUUCAGAGAGCGGUCAGUAUGGGCACACUUGCGCUGCUGUGUGACAUGGCUGAUCAAGGUGUCCUGAAGUCCCAGUCUGAGGCCAUGAGAUCACUUCACUCGCUGACUGAUUAUUUCUACCCUUCAUCAUCAUCAUCAUCAUCAUCCCAGCAUCUCAACCAGACAUUACUGAAGCCCACAACUGUGACACUUGGCCAUCCAGAAGACGGCCUCUUGCUGAAGGACUGGGGGCGAAUUGUGGCCCAGUUUAUUGGCGAUCAGUGGACAUGUCUGAGUUUCCUGCAGAAGUGUACUGGGACCGUCCGGGCUCCUGAAGCUCCUGAAGUUCCUGAGGUCCUGAGGGCUGCGGUGGAUGCUCUGGCAUUAUUGCCUGGCCAUCUCGUUUUGCCGGUGCUGGACUUCAUGGCAUCAGUCUUGCCACAGCAGGUGGUGCAGUGUGAAGAAUCUCUGUGCGUUGAGGUCAUAUGUGCAUCAUGGAAAGUGGUUCAGGCUCUGAGCACAAACCCUCAUGACUUCUGGUCCACACUGCUGGGAUUCGUGCGCUUAGCUUUUGACCAUGGGCUUCUGCAGCUCACAGAGGAACAGAACCCCAGCAUCACGGCCUGCAUACAACAGAUUUUGAGUGAGCUUAUGGAGUUGGCUCAGGUCCGAUCAGGGGUGUUUAAUGUUCUGAUCCAACAUUGUUGUGAGACGUGGCUUCCAGCAGAGGGUGUCCAGUCAGACGCUGUGUUCAGUACGGCUCUCUUACACCUCGACAUCCUGACUGAGGCCUGUGUGUAUGGCCCAGUGUUCAGAAGAGACCAAAGGCUUGUUCAGGAGGUUCAAAGCUAUGUUGAGCAAUUGGGUGAUAGUUGUGCAGCAAACACAGCUGUCAGCAGUGAUAACAGAGACGAUCAGUUUCCUCGAGUGUGUGCUUUGGCUUUUCUCUGCCGCUUGAAUCCAUCUAAUCGUCUCCACCAGCGUUUGAUGGAAGAGCUCGUGCUGCGACUACUGAGGAAGGAUGCUGAGAUUUCGAAAUCCAAAGUACGUUACUAUAGCAACUCCAUCCAGCACAGAGUGAAGAACCGCGUGUGGCAGACGCUGCUGCUGCUACUGCAUAAACUAAGACCGGAGUUUGUGUCGGAGUGUGUGUUGAGUCACGUGUGUGAGGCCGGGUUCUGCAGUAACCAAGCAUCCGUCAAGUACCUGAUCGAAUGGAACCUGAUCCUGAUCCUCCAUCUGAACCCGUCUCACAUCCAGAACCUGUGGAACUGUUUCAGUCUGGAGCAUGAGAAGACAAAAACAAGCAUUUGCACUUUUCUCUCUGUCCUCGUGCACCUGAACGUCCUCUUCCCGAAACUGCAAGAAAAGGAGGUGCAAUGGCGUAGAGCUGUGGAGGUGAGCCUGCAGUGGUGUUUCAGUCAUAACUUCAGCGUUCGUCUCUAUGCCCUGCUCGCCCUUAAGAGGGUGUGGGAGCUGGAGGACGCCCAUGUCCUCAUGGAGGAAAGCCUGGGUGGGCUGACCACGGUAGUCCAGGCCUGUUUACAGCAGGCUGAAGCCAUGCAGAACACAGGAAAUGCAAUGAAAAAUUGGUCUAGAAUCCAGGAGCAUUUCUUCUUCAGUGCUUUUCACCCAAUCAGGGAUUACAGUGUUGAGACAAUAUUCCAGACCUUUCCCAGCCUCUCAGAGUUGGCAGACGAUGAGUGGAUUCCACCAUGGAAAUUUGAGAGUUUUGUUGUCUUCCCGAUGUGCGCCGCCCUGCCAUUGAAGAACAGUGUGAGGGAUCUCUGUGAACUCCAGCCUGGUGACUGGAUCCAGCAGGACAAAGGUGUUUUGGAUCAGGACGAGCGCUGGGCAGAAGUUCAGAAGAAAAUCACCCCGUGGAAGCUGAGCGUCCAGGAGCAGGAGCCUGAGCUCAUGGCCCAGCAGAGGGCAGCACGCCUGGGCAAACUCACCAGCAACCUCCUGGUGGUCGCAUCACUCAUUGACAAGCCCACCAAUCUGGGCGGUCUGUGCAGGACAUGUGAGAUCUUUGGGGCCAAAGCUCUGGUUCUGGACAGUUUGCGACACAGUAAUGAUAAACAGUUCCAGGCACUCAGUGUGUCAUCUGAGUUGUGGCUGCCAAUGCUUGAGGUGAAGCCUGCAGAGUUGUCAGAUUAUCUGCAGCGGAAGAAGAGAGAGGGAUAUUGGGUUAUAGGCGUAGAGCAAACAUCCAACAGCCAGAGUUUACAAGAUUACACUUUUCCUGAGAGAAGCCUCCUUUUACUCGGUAAUGAAAGGGAAGGCAUUCCUGCAAACCUGCUGCAGCUGGUGGACGUGUGUGUGGAGAUUCCUCAGCACGGUGUCACCCGCUCCCUCAAUGUCCACGUGAGCGCCGCCCUGCUGGUGUGGGAAUAUACACGCCAGCAUUUAGGACAAAACCCUGCAGUCUGAGCAAGUCUUCUGUGUUUUAGCAGAAAACAUCUGUCAGUAUUUGGGAGUCGUUGCAUUUAACACCAUUUUUCUAAGGAAAAGUUGCAUGACAAGACUCCCCAAAUAUGACAAAUAUAGAAAACUGCUUAAAUAUGGCAUCUAUCCAUAUACCAUCUGUCGUUCCUUUUCCUUCCCUUUGAGUUCUUUUAUUUUUCACUCUGUAUUAUUGACAAGUGUCGUUUGAUGACUUUGUGUUUUACCUAACAUUUUAAGAGAAGUAUUUUAAUAUACCUUUGAAUUUAGAUUAAAUAAACAGUU